AGUGUGUUGACAUUUGGCUAGAACUGCCAGAAGUGAAAUGGCGUCAACACCGUCGUCGCAUUCGCGUUAGAAUCAUCGUUAUCAGGGAGUCCUUGCUGUCCUCGCUCCUGCAGCCGCCUGCGCACGAUAAUGUUCAACGAGCUUUACACGUUCCGCGCGAGAGAGAAGCGCCGCGAGUCGAUGCGGAAGUGAUAUCGCCGCCGCCGUCGUCGUCGGAUGGGUGCGAGGGGUGUGCACUGAGUCGCAGUCCGCAGCCCCCACGUUUACCAUCCCCAGGUUUUAUUUCAAUUUAAUUAUAUCUCUCUCUCUGUCUCUUCUCGCCGCGAAACGGUUAAUUGAUAAAAUUUAGUGUAAUUUAAGUUCGAAUUGGUUAAAAUGGCUCAACCCAUACCCAAUCAGAAGCGUAAUCGCGUGUCGGUGACCGUCGAGCCGUCCGGAUCAUCUUCAGGCACUUCUGCUUCAUCCAACAAUCAGCUGUCGCAGAUUCCCAAUCCUGGUACUCUGACUGAUGAAUUGGCCGCGCUGUUCGAAUGCCCGGUUUGUUUCGAUAUGGUACUGCCGCCGAUUAUGCAGUGCCAAGUGGGGCAUUUGGUUUGUGCCAGCUGCAGGCCCAAGUUGACAUGUUGUCCCACCUGUAGGGGCACUCUAGGUGAUAUAAGAAAUUUGGCGAUGGAGAAGGUGGCCAACAACCUGAUGUUUCCAUGCAAACACAAACAGAAUGGCUGCCGGAUGUCGCUUGGGCUCAAUGAGAAAGCCGAGCAUGAAGAAAUCUGCGAAUUUCGGCCCUAUAGUUGUCCAUGUCCGGGCGCUUCAUGUUCCUGGCAGGGUCAAUUAGAAAAAGUUAUGAUUCACUUAAAGCACGCGCAUCAAAACAUUACCACUUUGAACGGUGAAGACAUCGUUUUUCUGGCGACGGAGAUCAAUCUGCCUGGGGCUGUGGAUUGGGUGAUGAUGCAGAGUUGUUUUGGGCAUCAUUUUAUGCUCAUUCUGGAGAAGCAGGAGAAGGUGGAUGGGCAUACGCAGUUCUUUGCUAUUGUGCAGUUGAUUGGCUCGAGGAAACAGGCGGAACAUUUUGCCUACAGAUUGGAAUUAAACGGUAAUCGCCGUAGACUGACCUGGGAAGCAAUGCCGCGCUCGAGUCACGAAGGCGUCGCCUCCGCCAUCAUGGGCUCCGAUUGCCUGGUGUUCGACACGUCGAUCGCGCAGCUCUUCGCCGACAACAACAACCUGGGCAUCAACGUUACCAUAUCGGUGGUGUGCUGAGCGCGCGGCGCGCGUACAGUUGAGUAUCGAGGCGCCUGUGACGCGCUCCCCACACACACUCAGCAGACUUUGGUUGGUUUUUAUUUAUUCUCAUUAUGCAACACAAGAACCGAAUGAACACCAAGAUAUCUCUAGUUAUCAAUAGCCACACACUUGGAAUAUCAGUAAGAAGAUGUUGUUACUUAUAAAAUAAGAUUAAACGAGUUAACGAAUACACACUUGACUCUUGCGUAAAGAGUUUUCUGGUUUUCAUUGUGAACAGACUGACUGAUGGAGGAAACAAAAGUAAUCAGAUGAAUAUGUAUGAUGAUUGGCGUGGCAACGUAUUUGUUGGUUGGCGUGAAGGAGAAAACUAUUUUUAAACACAGAAAGAUGCUAAGUGAUAAAAAACGAACAAGAUACUUAUGAGGGCUUUUGUUUUAUGUUUGUGAUAACUAGCUGUUAAGAGUGUUUACUGAUUAUGUCCCGGGAAUAUCUUCAUUUUUAUUUUCGUUCUUGUUUUGUUCAUUAUUUCUCGAAUUCUUGUUUGUUUUACUUUUGUUCAAUUAUUUCAAGAGGAGUUGAUGAUAGGGUAACGGAAUUGGCGUUUUGUUCGUUUGUAUCGUUUGCAUGAGGCACUUGAUGGCAGCUAAUGUUUGACGGAUAGUCGCAAGUGAUGCUGAGAAAGAGGUGUUUUGCUUUUUCCUUUUGUACAUUUCACACUCGGUUGCGUUUACCUGGUAACUAUCAAAUAGCGCAGGCGAUUUGUCAAAGGAUACUUUGUAAAAUAACACUUAAAAUACAAAAUACAAAUUUAUAUAAAAUAAAAUAUUAAACUUGAAAA